CCUUGUCUGCAUUAAACGAGGAACGCCGUCGUGUAAAGACGUUCUUGUGUGCAUUUCAGUUUGAAGGUUGAACGGCGAGGUUUAUCCUUUAGAAAUAUAUACAACGUGACCUUCAGAAUGUCACUAGAGGGAUUACUAUCCACUAUCUUUCUCCUUUCCACAGUCACCUCUGGAGUCCCUGCAGUGGUCGUGACAGAAGAUUUCACCAGAGUUACGACAUGCGACGCCUUUACCACAUCACCGUCAGUGACGGUGCUGACACAGACAGAGUGCGCUGUGGCAUGUGCCGGACAGGACUGGUGUAAAUCAUUUUCUGUUACGAUGACAGCGCCACGACUCUGCUACCUACACAGUGUAUAUCUGAAGGCCGGCCUGUGUGAAGGACAAUACAAACACUAUAAUGACAUGAACAACCCUUGUUUUCAUGGUGGAGAUUAUGACGUUUCAAACAGCACCUGCAUCUGUUACGGUGGCUACGUUGGUGACUAUUGCGAAAGACUCAUGCAAGACUGCUCCGAGGGGAAUGUCUACAGUUACUAUGCCAACCAAAACAGUAACUUCCUCUGCCACCCAAACGGUGCCCCUAAGCCGAUCAAGGUCCACUGUAACAUGAAAUAUGGGGGAAGGACGAUACUCACAACCCAGACUUCAGGAACAGAAAACUUUACCAGAAUGUGGGAAGAGUACAAAACAGGUUUCGGCAGUCUGUCAGGUGACCACUGGCUGGGCAAUGACAAUGUACAUUACAUAACUAGUGGUAGAUCACACUACCUUGUUGUUGAACUUUGGACCCCCGGUAAUGUCAUCGUCAGUAUACUCGCGCAACGGUUCUACCAUGACUUCCUUGUUGGGCCAGAAGUAGAAGACUAUGUGAUGACCUUUUCCUCCAAAUGCUCCUAACAGACAAUGGGUGCAGCAUCCAGCAGGAUGUUUUGUGAACGCCACGCCAUUCAGUACCCUAGAUGUGGACCACUCAGCCGGAGCAGCUGGUUUGACACAGUCUGGCUUCUGGCAUGCCAACCCCCCAGAGUGUAAUCCAACCGGACAGCUGAAGCCAACUGACACAUCAUGGGGAGGGGACAAAACUGACGUGUUCUGGCAGGAUGGUAUUGAUGGAGAUGCUGUCAACAAAAUCGUUCUCUUUCUCAUCUGGAAAUCUGCUUGAAGGUUAUCCCCUACCUGCAGUCACGCUAUCAUUCAAUUCAUAUUUACAAUGUGUUGCACGUGAAUAGUUAAUCAUUCUUAAAAGCAUUCACCUGUACGCGAAACUGAUAUUUCUCUCUAGUUAUAAUGAUUCCCAUGAGUAAGUACAAAGAAAUCACCCAACUCCACAUGCUGCUGCUUCAACGUCAUGGUAUGAGUCAUUGCGUCAAAACGCUGUGUCCCAACCGCCACUCCGAUCUGCCCCCUAUACCAUGUACACGCCAUUGUGAAACAGCUCAUAUACUGACAACUUCCACUCUCUAUCAAUCUGUCGAAUUUCAUAUCACAAUUGAAUGCAUGAACAUAAAUGUCCGUACAUAGGACGUAUGUGUUGAAUACUGAAGAUGUCCACUGAUAUGGAUACUCACAGGUUCUGUAUAAUAUGAUCUUGUCAUAUGGUUAGGAUUUGAUCAUGGCAUCUGUGAAAUUUCGGGUUAGAAUUUGUCUUCAGCCACUUAUGACGGUGGAUCGGGUAGUCAGGUUCGGUGAAGUGGUUGUCAUCCCAGUUGCGAACAUCGAUGCUUAUACUGUUGAUUGUCUUGUCCAGACGCGGUUAUUUACAGACCGACGUCUUAUAGCUGGAAUAUUGCUGAGUGUGGCGUUAUAUAGCCAAAAAAACCACACACACCCAAAACAACCUUAAUUGAGGAUUGACUGUGUGUUCUUUGAGGUAUGGAUUGAAAGAAACGAUUCGCAAACUGCAUGAAUCUGCAUAAUCAAAUUGGACAAUGGAACAAUAUGAUAUCUACAAUUUUUUUAGAAACUAAACAAUCGUUUAAAUUGAAGCAGAUGAUAUAACGAGACUGACAAACAUUCCAGGCGUAGAAAUUCAUUCUGUGGCGCGACAUGUAUCUGGUGACUGUUUUACUUAAACAUAUAACUUGACAUGCCCACAAAGUCAGUAGCCAAUCAAUAGUGAAAAGAAUGAAUACAACGUUCACUGGACCUGUCAAUCAAGGUAAGAGGCGGGAAGAGGAGAGGACAUAGCUGAGAUAUGCGACUUACAUACGCACGCGCACACUAACACACAUCCGCACACCGCAUCCACGCCAGGAAUCAUCAAUUGAAGACAACUACGUGUCAAGGUGAUGACUAUAAAUUGACACAUAACAACACAGCAUCUCAUGAUAAAUGUAACAAAUGUCUCACAAUAGCUUCAUUGUUUGUUCUUGUGAAAAUGGCAUGAAUGUAUGGAAGGAUGGACCCCUUGUCUGAAGUGGCUUGGCACUUGAGGUGAGCUAAAACGCCACUGCUAACAUGUGCCCUCUACCCGUGAAGAUCCGGGUUACAAUUGGUCUUCAGCAGCCAAUGCUUGUCGUAAGAGGCGAAUAACGGGAUCGCGUGAUCAGGCUUGCCAACUUGGCUGACACAUGUCUAACUUGCGUAGAACGAUACUCAUCUCAUGAGUGCUUGAUCUAGGCACUAUUAUUUACACACCGCCCGCCGUGUAGCUGGAAUAUUGCUGAGUGCGACGUUAGACAAGAAUCAAACAAACAUUGCGUCCACGAUAAAAUUAGGAACAGUCCAUUUUGUAUAGCGACAUUUAUUCACCCCGAUGACCAGAUUUUGAUUUUGAGGUGCAAGAGAAAUAUUUAGAGGUUAUGGUGUGAAACUCAGUGCAAAUCUGUCCAAGAGACAGAGACAACAGUUAGCAGCACUGAGAGAACAGGGACAGCGAGGCUACUACAGGAAUGGUGUUCUGCAUGUGAGUACAGAGGAGUCGGAACCAGGGGCUUCUUCUUCACGUCCUAUACUGAGGACACAGAGGCGGUAUCAGAGAGAGACUAGAAGCAAGUCUACGGGUAGUGACACAACUCGCAAAUAGGAUUAUAUAUAGCCGGGUCACAGCAAAGAGGAGUAAAAUCUCUCAACUAACUUUUGGAUUUUGGAACAUUGAAUGACUUGUGAAUAAACUCGAGGAUAAUGACUUUA